AUGACGAGACCAAGCAAAGCCACCUCUACCCAGCCAGCCUGCUCCCCGCAGGGGGCCUUUGAGCUACCUGGGUUCUCAGCCCAGGGUGACUUCCUGAUGGGGGGGAUCUUUCCCCUUCACUACCGGGUGGAGCUGCCUGGCACGGACUACACCCACCAGCCCCUGACAGCACUGUGUCAAGGGUUUGACCCGAGGGCUUUCCGCUGGGCUCAGACCAUGAGGCUGGCAGUGGAGGAAAUCAACCAGAGUGAGCAGCUGCUGCCCAACCACACGCUGGGCUACAAGAUCUUUGACUCGUGUGCCACACCAGUCACGGCUCUGAGAGCAGUCUUGGCGGUGCUGAACGGACAUGAUGAAGAACAGAGCCCUAUGUGUUCUGGUGCCAGCCCGUUAAUUGCCAUGGUAGGGGAGUCUGGCUCCUCACAGUCCAUUGUUUUGUCCAGAACUCUGCAGCCCUUCAGAAUCCCCAUGAUCAGCUAUUUCUCCACCUGCUCGUGCCUGAGUGACAGGAAAGAAUACCCAACGUUCUUCAGAGUGGUUCCAAAUGACGACUACCAGGUGAAGGCCAUCGCCAGUCUGCUUCAGCGUUUCGGCUGGAAGUGGAUCGGUGUGAUCCGCGAGGACCACGACUACGGCCACUUCGCCCUGCAGGGCCUGAAGAGGGAGAUCCAGAACACAGAUGUCUGUCUGGCCUAUGAUGAGAUGAUCCCUAAAGACUACAGCAGAGAGAGGGUCCUGCAGAUCCUGGAGGUGAUGAGGCUCUCCACAGCGCGGGUGGUGAUAGUCUUCUCUGGGGAGGGAGAGCUAUACCCUUUCCUCAAAGAGUUUGUCAAGCAGAACAUCACUGGUACCCAGUGGGUGGCCAGUGAGGCCUGGGUCACUGCCAAUGUGCUGGCAGAGACUUAUCCAUUCCUGGAUGGGACUAUUGGCUUCGCCAUCCGCUCAGGGAAAGUCCCAGGGCUCAGGGACUACCUGCAGACGGUGAACCCCCACAGCACCCUGAUGCCCCCCUGCUCAGGGCAGGAGACUCUUCUGGAGCAGCACUCAGCCUACAUGAACACCUCCAGCCCCAGAGUGGCCUAUAAUGUGUACAAGGCUGUGUACGCCAUCGCUCACUCACUGCACAACCUCCUCCACUGCCAGGCUGGGGCAGGUCCCUUCCACAACCGCUCCUGUGCUCACAGCACCAACGUUCACCCCUGGCAGCUCCAGCAAUAUCUCCAGGACGUGUCCUUCAACGUAUCUGGAGAAAAUAUGAACUUUGACCAGAAAGGGGACGCCAUCCCGUCCUACGACCUCAUCAACUGGCAGAGGGGGCCAAACGGGGGUCCCCGCUUUGUCACAGUAGGGCUGUAUGAUGGCUCAAAGGACGCUGGGAAGGAGCUGGCAAUCCAGGAAGAGAAGAUACUGGUGGUCUCCGUGUGCAGUGCCAGCUGUGCUCCAGGAUCCAGGAAGGCUGUCCGUCGUGGGGAACCUCUGUGCUGCUUUGACUGUGUACCAUGUGACAGCGGCAAGAUUAGUAAUCAGACAGAUUCUAUAGACUGCCAUGAAUGUCCCGAGGACUACUGGUCAAACACUGAUGGAACAAUGUGCAUCCCCAAAGUGGUGGAGUUCCUUUCCCAUGAUGCAAUGGGGAUAGCCCUGACGGUGAUCGCUGUAGUGGGCGCCUGUCUGACCGUGUCCAUCCUGGCAGUCUUCCUCCAUCACAGGACCACUCCCAUCGUCCGCGUCAACAACUCUGAGCUGAGUUUCUUUAUCCUUCUCUCCCUGACUCUGUGCUUCCUGUGUGCGCUGAUGUUCAUUGGGGAGCCCACCUCCUGGUCCUGCAUGCUGCGCCACACCGCCUUCAGCAUCACCUUCUCCCUCUGCAUCUCCUGCAUCCUGGGCAAGACGCUGGUGGUCUUGGCAGCCUUCACUGCCGCCAGGCCUGGGAACAACAUUAUGAAGUGGCUGGGGCCCAAACAGCAGAGGGUCAUCAUAUUCUCCUGCACCCUGGUUCAGGUGCUGAUCUGUGCUGCCUGGCUCAUGGCUGCCCCUCCCUACCCCUCCAAAAAUAUCGAGGACCAUCGCUCUAAGAUCAUUCUGGAGUGCAGUGUGGGCUCCCAACUGGCCUUCUGGUGCGUUCUGGGAUACAUCGGCCUCUUGGCCUGUCUGUGCUUCAUCCUGGCUUUUCUGGCCCGGAAACUGCCAGGCAACUUUAAUGAGGCCAAGUUCAUCACCUUCAGCAUGCUGAUCUUCUGUGCCGUGUGGAUCUCCUUCAUCCCUGCCUACGUAAGCUCUCCUGGGAAGUACACAGUAGCUGUAGAGAUCUUUGCCAUCCUGGCCUCCAGCUUUGGGCUGCUGUUCUGUCUGUUUGCUCCAAAAUGUUACAUCAUCCUCCUGAAGCCAGAGAAGAACACUAAACAACAUACCAUGGGGAAGAAAUAAA